UAUGGUUAUGCCAUUGCUUCUACAUGUUCUGUUGUGCCACAUAAAUAUGUUCUAUGGACACAAAAAGGGUCCAGUUUUGUAUCUGACACGCCCCCCGACUUCUUAAGAAAUAGAACACUAGGUGCGUGCGUGGAUUUCUCUACGCGCCUGUACGUAGCAAUUCCUGGUUCGAGCUCGCUCGAGUGAGCCCACAAGUGAUCGUCGCUCCAGGAAGGCCCCAGCUCGGUUCAUAGGUCAACAACUGACUCACAAGUAGCUGACGUACGUCUCAGUUGUUUUGGUGGUAAUUCUAGUUAAAUUUCUACUCCAGCAUGGCUCCUAAGGCAUUAGAUUACGAGUCCCUUAACGAAAACGUGAAGAGGGUUCAGUAUGCUGUUAGAGGCGAGUUGUACCUUCGAGCUUCUGAACUUCAGAAAGAAGGAAAAAAGAUUAUCUUCACAAAUGUUGGCAAUCCACAUGCCUUGGGUCAGAAGCCACUGACAUUUCCUCGCCAGGUGGUUGCUCUGUGCCAAGCUCCAUUUCUGCUAGAUGAUCCAAAUGUAGGAUUAUUAUUUCCCGCUGAUGCAAUUGCAAGAGCUAAGCAUUACCUUUCCUUGACGCCUGGUGGUCUAGGUGCAUAUAGUGACUCCCGAGGUCUUCCUGGGAUAAGGAAGGAGGUAGCUGAGUUCAUUGAAAGGCGUGAUGGGUAUCCAAGUGACCCAGAACUCAUAUUCCUGACUGAUGGUGCAAGCAAAGGUGUGAUGCAAAUCUUGAAUGCUGUCAUCCGGGGUCAAGGGGAUGGGGUUUUGGUUCCAGUCCCACAGUAUCCACUUUAUUCAGCUACAAUAUCUUUACUCGGUGGUUCUCUUGUUCCAUAUUAUCUGGAAGAGACUGCAAACUGGGGUCUUGAUGUUAAUGACCUUCGCCAGUCUGUUGCAAAGGCUCGCACUGAAGGAAUAACAGUAAGAGCAAUGGUGAUUAUCAACCCUGGUAACCCCACUGGACAGUGUCUCAGUGAAGCUAAUUUGAGAGAAAUAUUGCGCUUCUGUUUUCAAGAAAACUUGGUGUUACUUGGGGAUGAGGUUUAUCAACAAAAUAUAUAUCAGGAUGAACGCCCGUUCAUUAGUUCUAGGAAGGUUUUGAUGGAUAUGGGACCACCAAUAAGCAAGGAAGUCCAGCUUGUUUCUUUUCACACUGUGUCUAAAGGAUACUGGGGUGAAUGUGGGCAGCGAGGUGGAUAUUUUGAGAUGACAAACAUUCCUCCAAAGACGGUUGACGAGAUCUAUAAGAUUGCUUCAAUAUCUCUCAGUCCUAAUGUCCCAGCACAGAUAUUUAUGGGACUAAUGGUAAACCCACCAAAACCAGGAGAUAUUUCAUAUGAUCAAUAUGUUAGGGAAAGCAAAGGAAUACUUGAAUCUCUGAGAAGAAGAGCAAGGAUUAUGACUGAUGGAUUUAACAGCUGCAGAAAUGUGGUCUGUAAUUUCACAGAAGGUGCCAUGUAUUCAUUUCCUCAAAUAAGGUUGCCACAAAGAGCGAUAGAAGCUGCCAAAAAGGCUGGAAAAGUUCCGGAUGUCUUCUACUGCCUUAAGCUUUUGGAAGCCACCGGCAUUUCCACUGUCCCUGGUUCAGGAUUUGGACAGAAAGAAGGGGUGUUUCACUUGCGGACAACCAUUCUACCGGCUGAGGAAGACAUGCCAGCAAUCAUGGCGAGUUUCAGGAAGUUCAAUGAUGAGUUCAUGGAGCAAUAUGAAGGCUAUAGCUACUCAAGAAUGUGAAGGAUAUUUUCCUUGUCAAUGGUGUACUAUAAAUGUCUUGGCCAUUAUUGUGAGCCAUUUGAUAUAUGCUUUUAACUCAUCCGUCUCCUCUCGAGCUAUGAACUUCAUACACUUGCUUCUUUGUUUCUAACAUUAUCCAUCAAAAUAAAAAAUUGUGUAUUUGAAUUAACAUUCGCUUUAUUAUGUCUGGGAUUUUUGUCAA